AUGUCAGAGGACUACAGGCGCAAUAACCAAUCCAGCUUUGCAGUGGAGCAGAUGGUCCUUAUAGAUAUUCGGAAGUUGUUAGAAUUAAUGCAGAAGGACAUAAAGAUGUACCCACUUCCUGAUAUCGAUGACACAUAUGAUCCAUCUGGCGAUAUUCCAAGGGAGAUUUUUGAGGAGGCCAGCGUUGAGGCAAGCAUUGAUGACAUGGCACUAUCAAAGACCCUUAACGAGGAGCAGCAGGCAGCCUACAAUGAGAUUAUGUUUGCUAUUGAUAGCGAUGAUGGGGGUUUGUUCUUUGUGGAUGGACCUGGUGGCACCGGAAAGACUUAUCUAUAUAGGGCUCUGCUUGCUACUAUACGUAGUCAGAACAAGAUUGCCGUGGCAACAGCAACAUCUGGUGUUGCUGCAUCAAUAAUGCCCGGUGGCAGAACCGCCCACUCGCGCUUCAAGAUUCCCCUCACCCUUGAUGAUGGGGCAUUUUGCACCUUCACAAAACAGAGUGGUACUGCUAAGCUGCUUCGGACUGCAUCCCUUAUUAUUUGGGAUGAAGUGACGAUGAUGAAGAGGCAAGGUGUCGAGGCGCUAGACAACAGUCUCCGUGAUAUCAUGGACCGUCCUAACCUGCCAUUUGGGGGGAAGACUAUGGUGUUUGGUGGAGAUUUCAGGCAAGUUCUUCCAGUUGUUCGAAGAGGGUCUAGGACUCAAAUAGUUGGUGCAUCACUACGGAUGUCAUACCUUUGGAAUUCCAUGCGACAUCUCAAAUUGGUGCGAAACAUGAGGGCAAAGAACGAUCCAUGGUUUGCAGAAUACUUGCUACGCAUUGGGGGGGGCUCUGAGGAGGCUAAUGGUGAUGGUGAAAUUCGUCUUCCUGAUGAAAUAUGCAUACCACAGACUGGGAAAGACAGUGAUCUUGAUACGUUAAUUGACUGCAUAUUUCCUGCCCUCAAUGUCAAUAUGUCAAACAAGAGCUAUAUCACGACACGAGCAAUAUUAUCUGCACGGAACGACUCGGUUGAUAUGAUUAACAUGAAAAUGAUAAGUCGUUUCUAA